AUGUCAUCCAAUCAACCAGAUUGUCUUACCUCACUGGUGUCCUAUGUUCCUGAGCUAAAUUUUGGCUUCAGUUUACCCUCGACAACAGCUCUAAAUCAGAAACAGCAAACAAUUCCGCUCUCUCCCGAACCAUUAACAUCUUUGGAAAUUGUUAGUGCGCGAGUUAAUUGUAACUGCAAGUGCAUCCCUCAAACGCAAACUUCUCCACAACCUCUGCGUCCUGUCUUGAAGAAAACAUCGCUUACUAAAUCGUGCAAUAAAGUUCAAGGAAGUUUUAAAAAUACUCAGAGAGGUUACGAAGAAAACCGAAUUUCGGUUCCAAAACGGUCUGUUGAGACAAAAGCAAAAACUGAGAAAUCUCAACCGCUUCCAGCACGAUUAUUACAAAAAAAGAAGACAGUAGCAUUUGGAAGAACUGUUAACGUGUCGCAAACAAUUGAGGAUACAUCAAAAGCACAUCGAAAGGUUUUGGUUCAUUCAAACUCUCAGAAGAACUUACCUAAAAUGGUUACAGACGUUCAAAGUGAGCGAUUUUCGGAUGAGUUUGAAAAGUUAAAAGAAAAAGUGCAUGAAAUGCAACUAAAAAUCGAUGAAUUGACAAUGAAAGAUUCAGAAAGAAAUGAUCAAUUCUUGAAAUUAACAGAAGCGAUGAAGAAAAUGCUAGGAAAUUUGGCACAAUUUAACAUUUUGUCCGAUACCAGUAACGAGGAUCCCAAAAAAUGUGAAAAGAGAGUUGAAACAGAAAUGCGUUAUCGUGGGAAAGAGAAUAUACCUCCUAAUAAUAUAUGUGAAGCAGGGUACGUGACUGAAAACGAUGAAGGAAAUCUCGUAGCACAUAGAGAACUUUUUGCGGGAUCGAGGAAGAAAGCUAUUGACAGCUCAUCCAAAGAAGAUCUUAAAUGGAAAAUAAUGAAACGAAAAUAUGCUGAAAACGAAGAAUUUAAACGUCUCGUUGAUGAAGCUAUCAUGAAAUGCGGAGGAGAUGAGAGUCUUGACAUUUUCGCCUCUCACCAAAACAAAGGAGAUACUGGCAGAGUUCCAUCACGGCGGCAUGAAAAAAAGACUCAGCCUAUUUCACCUGUAAUUCGAAGUACCACGCGAGUGACGAAGCAGAUGACCGUUGAACAAAUUCAGCAUUGUGAGAAUUCACCUGCUUCAUGUGCCUUUUCUUACGAUUCCAAGAAAUACCUGGCAAGACAUGGCAUCAUUCCUGCGCUUAGCGACGAUGAUGAGGUGGAACAUAAUAUGACGUACGGCAAAGGAUUGGACCCAUCCAUGCAGUCCUAUUAUUAUCCAGGAAAUUCGGUGACUUACUAUUCAAAAAAUGUGAAGUACAACAAUCGGCCUUUAAAAGACAACUCUCACAACGAUUAUCGAGAGGAGAGAUAUUAUCGUAAGGAAAAAGGAGCACCACGAGUCUUUGAUGACGCAAAUUAUCAGAUCGAUCAAUUUGACACUGAUGAUGACGAGAAUGUAAAUAAUAUCAUUGAAAUAAGUGAUGGGUCGGAAAUUGAAGAUCACUAUGAACCUUGUGGAAAGAUGCGUUCACCUUGCGAUAAGAGACACUGGAGAAACUCAACACGCAGUGAUUUUCGACAUCAAAAGAAUGAUGGCAUACGUACGAAGCAGCGAUUGAAUAAAUCUACUUGGGAUUAA